AUGGCAACGUCGUAUGCCUUCGUCACCCUCGUAACUUCGGACGCUUACCUCCCAGGCGCACUCACCCUCGCCGCCGCCCUCAAGGAUGUCCAUCCUUCUCCUGUUCUCCCACCAGAGGUCGAGUUUGAGACUGUCUGUCUGGUCACUCCCGAAAACGUCGACGUGUCCUCAAUAAAGCUUCUCCGAAGAGCAUUCAACGUCGUCGUCGGUGUCGAAACCAUAGUCCAACAGGAUGAUUCUGGCUUGAGGUUACUAGGUCGCCCAGACCUCAACACUGUCCUUACCAAAUUACAUGUCUUCCGUCUCAUCCAGUAUUCAAAAAUCGUGUUCCUCGACGCCGACGUUCUACCCAUUCGCCCACUUUCUCAUCUGUUCACUCUUCCUCACGAGUUUGCAGCCGUUCCGGACGUUGGCUGGCCCGAUAUAUUUAACUCUGGGGUCCUCCUCUUAACCCCGGGCGAAGCCAAAUUUACAGAACUUAAUGAAUUGUUAAAAACUAAGGGUAGUUGGGACGGAGGUGAUCAAGGCCUUCUUAAUGAAUGGCGUGGAGACGAUUGGCAUAGGCUCAGCUUCACAUAUAAUACCACUCCGACCGCUGCGUAUACUUAUGCACCAGCUUACGAGCGGUAUGGUUCCAAAAUCUCAGCUAUACACUUUAUCGGACCGAACAAACCUUGGAACGCUAUUGCUUAUCGGGCCCCCUUCGCUUCUUCUCAACCUUCCGAUCCGGGCACCGAAAUACAACGAGCCUACGACUAUAAUUCUCUGGUUGACCGAUGGUUUGCAGUUUACGACAGGCAUUACCGUGUACCCCAGGAUGCUCCCGAACAGAACUUCGACUUCUUCCAAACCCAAUCUACCUGGGGAAUGCCUGCUUAUGAUUCUGGCAUGGAUACGCACAGUACCUUUGCUACCGAUUGGAGCGAUGACUUCUCGAAUGCUCCCGCAGCUGGUUCUAUAGUUGCUUUCCAAAGUACCAUUCCCGCUGGUGGUGCUCUCGGAUUAGAGGACCUCAGACGAAUGGCUAUAGAAGGUACAGGUGCGGCGUCGUUCUACCCUACGGUUCGAGGGGAAGGAGAGUAUAGGAGUAUGCCUCUCGAGGGCCGACUUGACUUGAUGCGCCCCAUGCCCAUCGUCGAAGAUAAACCUGGAUCUGAUGUAUCUGCCUACUCUACGCCGAUGGCCCGUUCAAUUCCUCUUGAUCAGCAUGAACACUGGUCGCCUCCACGCACGAGCACCUUCCCUACGCCUGGUCCUAACGAGUACCCACCUUCCCCGCAUCUCCCGCCUCACUCGCUCCCGGCGUCGACCCCUGGCUCAAUCAGGCAGAGCGAUAGAGAAAGCUAUUUCCAACAGGUACGAGGGCACGUCGAUCAUGGUUCGCAGGAACACCAAAUUCAGGAUUACGGGGCCCCGCACGAUCAGGCACGUCCUGCUGAAGGCCAGACGGAAGAACAUUGGGGUGAACAACCUUGGGAUCGUUAUCCGCAACCGAUUCCCGAGGAUUAUUAUUUGUCUGAAUCCCAAGGAGGUGAAGACGAUGGGCAUGUUCACCACGCGCCGCGUCGGACUCACGAACAUCGUACCAAUGACUCUCAAACUCACUUGCGACGACAUGAGCAUCCUGUUCACGAACAUCGGGAGCGACGGUCUCCUCAACAUGAUCAUCAUCCCAUUCAGCACUCUCCCCAGCAUUCUCCUCAGCAUCAUUCACCCCAACAUCAUUCCCCUCAACACCAGCACCAUUCUCCCCAACACGGUUCCCCUCAACACCAUCCUGUACAGCACCAUGAACAACCAGCUGAACAUCACCGCAUGGAACGCCCCCGUCCGCCGUCCCCGCCUAUGCUUCUUUGGAAUCCGGCCGUUGAACCUCCGCCAAAAGACCCACCUAAAGCAGAUGCAUUCCCUUCUGACACCUAUUUCCCUAAUAUCUGGGAUCAAGGCCCCGGAAAGCAGAAUGAUCAAGUCCACCACACUGCUACGUCUAUGCCAGAUCGCGGCGGGUUCUUCCAACCCCUUCCUCCAGCCGAGAUCCCUGAUACCCUGUGGAAGCAAGGGCAUUACCGACAGGUUACAGGCGAAAGUGAAGAGGGCGCUCCUCCACCCCAGCCUGACGUGAACAAGGUUAAACAAGUCUUCCCGUGGGAGGAGAAACCGCGACAUAUGCCUGGACGCGUCUUCCCUGCAUCGGAGCCGCCGCCUCCUGGUCAGUUCAUUCAGCCGUCUUCGCCUCCGGUUGCUCCCCCAGUGGAAGAACCAGUUUCACCUCCACCAGCUCAGCCUGCGGUCCAGUCCCCAGUUCGUUCACCGGUGUAUGGGUUGCCAGCUAACCUCGCGUUCUCUAAUGCUUGGGAUACUGUCCCCAGUAUUCAACGGUAUGCUUCGAAGCUAGUUCGUCCCUCCCAUUUCUCUCAUUCUCAACCUCCUCCGACUUUGGAGCCCGUUCGGCGGCGUCGGGACUCUACCAAAAGUUGGGACGACAGGGCGGCGGAGCAGGGAAGUCAAGCUGACGACGAGGACGAAGGUGACGAUGAAAACAGCAAGGAGCCGAUUGCUGGUAAAUGGGGUGAUGAUAGCGACCCAGAACUCAGUUCGAGGUCGUCGUCGUCGCGUAUGAGAUCGCGCAGUGGAUCUAUUUCUGCAAGUUACAUUAUCAAGGGAAAGAGGAAGGAAUACCGUGUGAGAGGCGUGCAAACAGUUCCGAAGGAGACUAGGAGUCAGGCUGUACAGGUAUCUAUUUCGACGGAUCCGCCAAGGAUUCUGACGCCUUCACCUACGGAGAGGACCGAGAGAAGACCUUCACGCUCAAGCGCUGGGAUGGGCAAGAGGCAGUGGACACCUGCCACGAGCACAAGCACAUUGCCUCCGCUUGCGGUUCACGAUGUUGGUACCGGAACGGAACUACCUCUAGGCUCUCCAACUGUCUUCCAAACCGGGUCCCCCGCCGAAAUUGAUGCGCCUACCAUUGUCCCACCUGGUGUGCGAUCUCCCCGGGAGUUCCACUUCCCUACGUCGCCGCCGCCAGGUCGCAUUACUCCUCGUGGAGCUCAGACCCCCAAGGGCAAGGUGUCGGCUCCUGCACAAAGCCCAACCACGGUACUUUCGCCUGCCGCGACAAUUAAACCUGCAGCCGAAAGUCCACAGGCUAGGCACGCAGUAUUGAGCCCGCAGGCUAAGGUGGCUGGGUUGAGGGUGGAGCCUACUAGAGCUGCAGAGGUUAAGCCUGCCUCGCCCAUAUCCAGAAGGCAGUCGAGUUCGUCUACGACAUCUACACCGUCGUCGGUUGGACCCGUGUCACCACCUGACACCCAGCAGUCUUCCUUGCCGCCAGCGUCGAUUCUUUCACCAUCCACCUCUACAUCCACGUUGAGGAAGACGAGCAGAGUCUGGGACCCCGCCAGAGGGGUUGAGUUGUUCAAGAGGAGCUCGGAGGAGGUUCUCGCCCGGUUCUUGAAGAUGGGCUCUUGGGAAGACGAGGCUGCUCGUCGAUCUCCCACCGAUGUCUGA